GGAGACCUUCGGACGGCAGCCAUGGAUCUCAGCGUGCUCCUUCUCCUUGCUCUGCUCACAGGACUCUGGGUCCUGCUGGCCAGAGGCCGCCCAAAGACCCAUGGGCGCCUCCCGCCUGGCCCCCGUCCUCUGCCCUUCCUGGGGAACCUUCUGCAGAUGGACAGAAAAGGCCUGCUCAAAUCCUUCCUGAGGUUCCAACAGACAUAUGGGGAUGUCUUCACGGUGUACCUGGGGCCAAGGCCAGUGGUCAUUAUAUGUGGGACAAAGGCCAUUCAGGAGGCCCUGGUGGAUCAGGCCGAGGCCUUCUCUGGCCGAGCGAAGAUCGCCGUUGUUAACCCCAUUGUCCAAGGAUAUGGUGUUAUCUUUGCCAACGGGGAACGUUGGAAGGCCCUUCGGCGAUUCUCUCUGGCCACCAUGAGGGACUUCGGGAUGGGAAAGCGGAGCGUGGAGGAGCGGAUUCAGGAGGAGGCUCAGUGUCUGGUGGAGGAGCUGCGGAAAUCCCAGGGAGCCCUCCAGGAUCCCGUCUUCUACUUCCACUCCAUCACCGCCAACAUCAUCUGUUCCAUAGUCUUUGGAAAACGCUUUGACUACAAAGAUCCUGAGUUCCUGAGGCUGCUGGACCUGAUCUUCCAAUCUUUCUUGCUCAUCAGCUCCCUGUCCAGCCAGCUGUUUGAACUCUACCCCAGCUUCCUGAAGUACUUUCCUGGCUCACACAGGCAAAUCUACAAAAACCUGCAGGAAAUCAACGUCUUCAUUGGCCACAGUGUGGAGAAGCACCGUGAGACCCUCGACCCCAAUGCCCCCCGGGAUUUCAUUGACUGCUACCUGCUCCGCAUGGAAAAAGAUAAGUCCGACCCCCAAAGCCAGUUCGAUCAUCGGAACCUCAUCAUGUCUGUUCUGUCGCUCUUCUUUGCUGGCACGGAGACAACCAGCACCACGCUCCGUUACGGGUUCCUGCUCAUGCUCAAGUACCCGCACAUAGCAGAGAAAAUCCACAAGGAGAUUGACCAGGUGAUUGGCUCACAUCGCCCUCCAGCCCUGGAUGACAGAGCCCAAAUGCCAUACACGGACGCAGUCAUCCAUGAGAUUCAGAGAUUUUCGGACCUCGUCCCCAUGGGCGUGCCCCACAUGGUCACUAAAGACACUCAUUUCCGAGGGUACAUCCUCCCCAAGGGCACAGAAGUCUAUCCCAUCCUGAGCUCUGCUCUCCACGACUCACAUUACUUUGAGAAACCAGAUGACUUCAACCCUAACCACUUUCUCGAUGCCAAUGGGGCGGUGAAGAAAAAUGACGCUUUUAUGCCCUUCUCUAUAGGGAAGCGUAUCUGUCUUGGUGAAGGCAUCGCCCGCACCGAAUUAUUCCUCUUCUUCACCACCAUCCUCCAGAACUUCUCCGUGGCCACCCCCGUGGCCCCUGAGGACAUUGACCUUACUCCCCAGGAGAGUGGGGUGGGCAAUGUGCCCCCGAACUACCAGAUCCAGUUCCUGCCCCGCCAAAGAGGCUGAGGGAAGGUGAUCAAGGAUACCAGGGUCAUGUGUGUCCCCACCUCUGCAGAGAAUGGCCCCCGAACUCUCUCCCUGUCUUCCUGCCUCUGAUCAGGCUGUGCUGUGAGCCAGCAUCCCUCCCCUCCAUGGAUGCCACCUCCUUGGGAAAGUCCCAUCCGCAUCUCACUUCCUUCUGCCCUUCUGCAGCUCUUCUAAACUCAAGGAGGUGUUUCCUUUCACCUAUUAAUAGAAUUCCACGAGUGAUGUAUACAUAUAUACAUAAAUAUGUAUAUAUAUAUAUAUAUUUAGCUAAAUAAAUGAAGCAAAGAAUGAAAA